UGUGACAUCAAUAUUCGCACAAUCUGGGACUUCAAAAAACAAUUGUUUGUUUUCUAGGUGACUUUUGCGAACAGGCCUCUACACUACUUUCACACAAAUGCCCCAAGAGCAGAAGCAAAAGAAAAAACGGGUCCCUAUUACUGCCCUCACAAAACAAGAAAUAUGUUUAAAAAAAAGAGAGAAUUUGAAACUUAGGGACGAGGACCUCGCCAAGGAAUAUGGGCUUGACAGAAGUACAAUCACUAAAAUCCUCAAACAACGAGAAAAGUGGUUAGCUAUCGACCCUAAUUCAAAUUAUGCCAAACAGAAAACACAAAAAUCGCCAAAAUUUCCUCAAAUAGAAGAUGCUUUAUCGCGAUGGUUAUCUGCAAAUCUUAAUAAUGGUAAUUCCGUCAGCGAUGCUCAACUUCAAGAGAAAGCCCUAGAGUAUGCACAGUCGUACGGACUUCGUAAUGAGUUUCAAGCUUCUAACGGGUGGAUAUCUAAAUUUAAAAAUCGUCACCAGUUUCGUAGUGGUGAAAGUCAAGGAGUUUCUGAAGUCUCCUUACAAGUUAAUCCACAGUCAGUACCUAUCGGGACCACAGUUAUACCGACUCAAGAACAUUCGAAUUUUAGUAAUACUGUGAGCCUACCCCCUAACUCCCACUACUCAUCUAAUCCGUCAAUAGCAACAUCAUCUCGUACAAAUGGGACAAAUAUGCUCAUAAAUGCUUCUAGCUCUCAACAUUAUCUCCCAUAUGGGGCCGGUACGUCAACUCCUUUGGUAACUUCCUUCCCUCCUUCACGGAUGUAUCCAUUAAACACCAUAACACCUCCGAUUCCCGAAAACGCAGCUUUCAUAUUCUGUGAUUAUCAAAAUGAUGUUGUUGGAAUGUUUCAGACAACAAAUAUUCUGAAUCAAUUUCUGGUUAAUUCGAAAACACUUUUUCAAGAAGUUCAUCAGGCUAAACAAAAAAAGAAUAUUAGUAGUUUCUCUGUUGGUCUUUCUUUCCGACCCGGUUAUCCCGAAGUUUCUACAAAUAAUCGAUAUAUUGAAAAGCUGAGAAACACGGGAAGACUUACUGAAGGAAACAAAGGGGCGGAGUUCAUCGAUGGGAUGAUACCAAGAGAGGAUGAUAUUGUAAUUAAAAAACGCCGCAUCGAUGCUUUUUAUAAUACUGAUCUUCAGAUGAUACUCCAAUUACGAAACAUCCGUCAUAUCAUUCUUUCUGGUAUCGCUACUGGUGAUGUUAUUCUAUCUACUUGUCGUUCUGCUGCCGACAGAGAUUUGAAUGUUACCGUCGUUCGUGAAUGUUGUUUUGACGGCAAUGAAUCGGUGCAAAACGUUUUGAUGAAUGAAUUGUUUCCCAUUCAAGGUGUAAUGGUGGCCUCCUUAGAUGAUAUUUUAACCGGUUUACGUUUGGCGUGAAUUGAGAUUGAAGUAAAAAAAAGCAAAAUCUCACCUUUCCUUCUAUAAGUUUCUCCUUUUUUUAAUUUAUCUCGUUUAACAUCAAUUUUCGUGUUUUCGAUUUUAUUAGUUCUGUCGAUUUUUUUUUUUAUUAUAUUUCAUUUCUGCCACAUGUAUGGGGGCCUAUGGAAUUACCGGAUCUCAAUUUUAAAAAAUGGGGAUUAAAAUCUCUAAAAUUUUAUACAAGUAUAUGAUUUACCACCAAAAACAUUAUUCUAUUUUUAUAUUUUAUUUUAUUUUUUUUAUUUU